AUGAAGAUAUUUAGCCUCUUUGCAUUCAUGGCCUACUGCCAUUUGCUGAAAGCAUUUAUGAUCACAGUUUCCAAGGACCUGUAUGUGGUGGAGUACGGCGGCAAUGUGACCAUGGAGUGCAAAUUCCCAAUAGAAAAACAGUUAAACCUGCUUGCACUAAUUGUUUACUGGGAAAUGGAGGAUAAGAAAAUCAUUCAGUUUGUGAAUGGGAAAGAAGACCUGCAAGUUCAGCACAGCAGCUACAGCCAGAGGGCCCAGCUGCUGAAGGACCAGCUCUUCUUGGGGAAGGCUGCGCUUCAGAUCACAGAUGUGAAGUUGCAGGAUGCUGGGGUUUACUGCUGCUUGAUUGGCUAUGGCGGUGCUGACUACAAGCGGAUUACUUUGAAAGUUCAUGCCCCAUACCGCAAAAUCAACCAAAGAAUUUCUGUGGAUCCUGUCACCUCUGAACACGAACUAAUGUGUCAGGCUGAGGGUUACCCUGAGGCUGAAGUCAUCUGGACAAGCAGUGACCAUCGAGUCCUGAGUGGCAAAACCACCAUCACUAAUUCCAACAGGGAGGAGAAGCUUUUCAAUGUGACCAGCACACUGAGAGUCAACACAACAGCUUACGAGAUUUUCUACUGCACUUUUCGAAGAUCAGGUCCUGAGGGAAACAGAAACAAUACUGCUAAGUUGGUCAUUCCAGAACCCCUUCCAGUUCCACCAAAUGAGAGGACUCACUUCGUGGUUCUAGGAGCUGUCCUGGUGUUUCUUGCUGUAACCCUGGCAGUCAUCUGUCUAAAGAGAAAUGGGAAAAUGAUGGAUGUGGAAAAAUGUGGCAUCCGAGAUAGGAACUCAAAGAAACAAAAUGGGUUUUUUCAGGAUAUGGGACUUUCGGUUUUAAAACCAGAACAAACCCGGGCAAACCAGAUGAUAUACAAUUUGAAGAGACAUAAACCAGCAUUGAAACUGCUGAUCUUAAAGCAGGGAUUCUCAGCCUGUGGUUUGAGUUCGGCAGAGCUACGCGUGACCAGAGCAGUGCAGUGGGCCAGGCAAGCUGCAGAUGCUGUAGGACUGACCAGAUCCAAUCACUCAGCAGUGGAAGCUGGGAGAGAAGAGGAGAACAAAGCAAGAAGGAGCAGAGCGGGUAGCCUGCAAGGAGACCUUGGUACUUCAGAAUGA